AUGUUUGAGAAAUUAGCAGUGUUGAAAGUAAAGUUGGGCGAUAGGCAUAGCGAUAUAGUGCUUCGGGAUAUCCAAUUAUGGAGGAAGCCUUUGGAUGGUGAUAAUGACAAUGGACUGGAUCGCAGUAUCUCGAACGUUAAGGAAAUUAAUUAUUUAAAGGGUGAGUUUCUACAAUAUAUUGAUAUUAAUAAGAUACCUCUAUGGUUGCGCAGUAGUGAACAUUUCAGCAAUUUGUUGAUUUGUUUUACUACAAGCACCACUACAAAUGCAUUUUUUGAGUCGAAAUUGAAAUAUAUCAAUCGUGGUAUUGUAAUUGAAGUCAAUUCAGCAGCUGCAGCUGCAGCUGCCAACAAUUAUCAACAUAGAUAUUUAAUUUUCUAUAAAAAUGGUCAUAAUGUUGAGUUCAUUCCAAUUGAUUUAUCCUUGAAAGAGUUAUUCGAUAAUAAGAUUGCAAGUUUAAACGCUGAUACAGAAAAUGUAACAGAGGGUAAGGAGAAGAAGAAAAGCAGUAGCAUUGAUAAAAUUCUAAUGCAAUCACAGAAAAAAGUAUUUGUGCAGACUAAUAAAGUCAUGGAAAGUUUACAAAUUAGUGAAAAGAGACAAAAAUUUAAUGAAACUUUAUCAAAAUUAAUAUUAAGUGGUUUGAGAUUGAGAGGAAUACCGAAUACACAAUCAGGGUUUCAAAAAAUUUAUAAGAUGACAUUCGAUACCACAGAAUUUGCACAUAGAGAAGAAUUAGUGAAAUUAUCUCACAACACUAUUCAUGAAAUACCAUUCGAAGACAUACAAGAAACGGUGGAGACACUUUUAAAAUUAUUUACAAAAUCAUAG